AUGGCUGCGCCCCGGCCGCCGAGCAAGUGGGCAAACCCAGAUAACGUCACGCCAUGGAGCGGACGACGCGGUGAUGACGGCCUGCCGAUCGCAGCGAGCAUGCAGUCGCUCAAAAUAAGUGGCUCUGCUGCCCAAGCUGCUGGCUAUCGACCUCCACAUACCCAGUCCGGUCACGUGAAGCAUUACGAUAGUGCAAGUCAGUAUGCUCAACCGAAUGGCAAGCAUUCGCCAGCUGUCGGCCAUGAUCCUUGGGUGUCUGCUGCGCCCGACCGACGAGCAUUUCCCUCACGAGCAGAACAGCGGCAACAGCAGAUCCUGGACGAGCAGAAGCGAAGAGCAGAAGAACAGCAACGCCAAAGAGAAGAGGCCGAGGCGAGAUAUCGGCCCAAGCCGGCACCACCGGCUAUACAAGUCCGCUCACCCUCACCUCAGCCAUCGCGGGAAGCCCCCGUCGUGCUCGUCUCACGCUCAAAAUCAUCAGAGGCGGCCCCUCGGAGUAUUCUGGCCAAUGCGAGCAAGCCUGCCAGUUCGAGCAUCCGUUUUGCAGGAGCAGCGGAGUCGAAAGGAUUCCGCGAGUGGCAAGGCGGUGCAGCGAAAGGAAAGGCCGGCAUCAAUGGCAGCGGCAAGUCAGAGAUGGAUCUCAUGAGCUCGCCCAGUCGUGGUGAGCUCAACGGCGACGUCAAAAGCCUUCGUAGCUUCGCAGUCCAAGCUGAAUUUCGGCAGCAUGUCCAGAAGAAGCUUGACGCGUAUCGCAAUAUUUAUCCGAUCGAGUACGGAGGCCUGCUCAAAGGCGGCAAAGCUCAAUGCGAGGCCUUGGAUUCAAUCUUGCUCGAGCUGAGGAAGCUACGGGAAGGCAUCAUCGCGAGCGAUAGAUGCGAUAGCUUCGCAGUCGAAGCGUAUGAACUAUCAGCACGCUUGUCUAUUCUUGCUGCCAACAAGUCACAGUUAGCAAGCUGCUUGCCACAUCUUGUCAUCAGCCUGCACCCGCGUUAUGCGCUUGCCAAGCUAUUGGAGACCUCGCGAGGUCUACCUGCUGGUGCGGUGCCCCCGGAGCUACCUGGAUUGGAAGAUCGCGCUUUGUACGCCUCGCUCUGGCUGCUCUCACAGGCCGUCUCGCGAUCACAUCACAGCGGCUUCUAUGCUUGUCUAUCAGAAACCACAAGCAGUGCGCGCAACCAGCUCGCCUCAACGGUACCCGUCCGUACAGUGCCCAGCACGCAUGAUCACAUUAGACUGGCAGUCAGAGCAUUUAGAAUCAUCGCCAUCGAACGCAACUGGGCAAGCUAUGUGCGGCUCUUGUGUGCUUCGUCUCUCCACGAGCUUCAACGUGCUAUCCUUUUCACAUGUCUGGAUCACAUGAGAGAUUCGGCCUGGCAAGUGACCACUAAAGCGUACAGAAGUCUGUCGACUAAACAAGAGCUGGCGCAAAUGCUUCAACUGGAGCUGGAGGCUUCUGUCCUCGCUGACCCAACUGUCACGGCGACAUGCUCAGACGAGAAGCUCAACGACUAUCUCACGUCCAGAGGAUGGCUUGAAUAUGUGCAGGGUGACACAGUCUCCUUCAGAACCAAGACCACUUGA